AGGGUAAAGCAAUAAAGGGUGCCUACCGGUUCCAUGCCAUCAUUACAACAUUUGAAAUGAUUCUGACAGACUGCCCUGAGCUCAGAAACAUCCACUGGCGAUGUGUGAUUAUUGACGAGGCUCACCGGCUAAAAAAACAGAAACUGUAAGCUCUUGGAAGGGCUAAAGAUGAUGGAUUUGGAACACAAAGUGCUGCUAACAGGGACCCCUUUGCAAAACACUGUGGAGGAGCUUUUCAGCCUGCUGAACUUCCUAGAACCCGAACGCUUCCCAUCAGAGAGCAAUUUUAUGCAAGAGUUUGGUGAUCUAAAAACUGAAGAACAGGUACAAAAGCUUCAAGCAAUACUUAAACCGAUGAUGUUAAGACGUCUUAAAAGAAGAUGUUGAGAAGAAUUUGGCCCCAAAGGAAGAAACCAUUAUCGAAUAGAACUGACAAACAUCCAGAAGAAAUAUUACAGAGCCAUCUUGGAGAAGAAUUUUGCUUUCCUUUCCAAAGGAAGUGGCGGUGGCCAUGCAAAUGUUCCUAACCUUCUAAACACUAUGAUGGAGCUGAGAAAAUGCUGCAACCAUCCUUACCUUAUUAAUGGUGCUGAAGAGAAAAUUUUGGAAGAAUUUAAGGAGGCGCACAACGGUGACCUUCCAGAUUUUCAGCUCCAGGCUAUGAUCCAGGCCGCUGGCAAACUAGUUCUGAUUGACAAGCUGCUGCCAAAACUGAAGGCUGGUGGCCACAGGGUGCUCAUCUUCUCCCAGAUGGUGCGUUGCUUGGACAUUCUGGAAGACUACCUCAUCCAACGCAGAUACCCAUAUGAGAGAAUUGAUGGCAGAGUGAGAGGCAACCUUCGCCAGGCUGCUAUUGACAGAUUCUCCAAGCCAGAUUCUGAUAGGUUUGUGUUCCUGCUGUGUACAAGGGCAGGAGGUCUGGGCAUUAAUUUAACUGCUGCUGAUACUUGCAUUAUCUUUGUGAUUCUGACUGGAACCCCCAGAAUGACCUUCAGGCGCAAGCUCGGUGCCAUCGGAUUGGACAGAGUAAAUCGGUUAAAAUUUACCGCCUGAUCACAAGAAAUUCUUAUGAGCGUGAAAUGUUUGAUAAGGCUAGCCUGAAACUUGGCUUGGAUAAGGCAGUUCUGCAGUCCAUGAGUGGAAGAGAGAAUGCUACGAAUGGGGUACAGCAACUUUCCAAGAAGGAGAUCGAAGACCUGCUUCGGAAAGGGGCAUAUGGUGCAUUAAUGGAUGAAGAAGAUGAAGGCUCCAAGUUCUGUGAGGAAGAUAUCGAUCAAAUACUUUCCAGGAGAACCCAUACCAUCACUAUAGAAUCGGAAGGAAAGGGCUCCACCUUUGCAAAAGCCAGUUUUGUUGCCUCUGGGAACCGGACAGAUAUUUCUUUGGAUGACCCUAAUUUCUGGCAGAAGUGGGCCAAGAAAGCAGAGCUCGAUCUUGAUGUAUUAAAUGGAAGGAACACACUGGUAAUUGACACACACCGCGGGUAAGGAAGCAGACCAGACUUUACAGUGCAGUAAAGGAAGAUGAGCUUAUGGAGUUCUCUGACCUGGAGAGUGACUCUGAGGACAAACCUAGCAUCAAACCACGUCGGCCUCAGGACAAGUCCCAGGGCUAUGCGAGAAGCGAAUGUUUUAGAGUUGAAAAAAACCUGCUGGUCUAUGGGUGGGGCCGAUGGACAGAUAUUCUUUCCCACGGCCGCUUCAAGCGUCAACUUACAGAACAAGACGUGGAAACCAUCUGCCGUACCAUUUUGGUGUACUGUCUCAACCAUUACAGAGGGGACGAGAACAUCAAAAGCUUUAUCUGGGAUCUAAUCACACCAACAGAAGAUGGCCAGACUCGGGCUCUGGUAAACCACUCAGGCCUCUCUGCUCCGGUACCCAGGGGCAGGAAAGGAAAGAAGGUGAAAAGCCAGAAUUCGCAGCCUGUGCUCAAGCAUGCAGACUGGCUCCCCAGCUGCAAUCCCGAUACCUUGUUUCAGGAGGAUAGCUACAAAAAGCACCUUAAGCAUCACUGUAACAAGGUCCUGCUGCGUGUCCGCAUGCUCUACUAUCUCAGGCAAGAAGUGAUAGGGGACCAAGCUGACAAAAUCUUGGAGGGUGCUGACUCAAGUGAGAUAGAUAUUUGGAUACCAGAGCCCUUCCAUGCAGAAGUUCCUACAGAUUGGUGGGAUAAUGAAGCUGAUAAAUCCCUUUUAAUUGGUGUCUUUAAACAUGGUUAUGAGAAGUAUAAUUCCAUCCGGGCUGAUUCAGCUCUGUGUUUCCUGGAGAGAGUCGGAAUGCCUGAUGCAAAAGCAAUUGCUGCAGAGCAGAGAGGGACAGAUAUGCUGGCAGAUGGUGGUGAUGGGGGAGACUUUGAUCGAGAGGAUGAAGAUCCAGAAUACAAACCGGCACGGCUUCCAUUUAAAGAUGAUAUGGAUGAAUUUGCAAACUCACCUCUAGAAGACAAAGAGGAAUGCAUGGAAAUGGACGCGCAAGCUGCAGAGAAGAUGGGUGAAGGCAGCACAGAGAUGGGCAAACUGUAUUGGCCUCAUACUUCAGCCCUUACUACCCGUCUGCGUCGUCUAAUAACUGCCUACCAACGCAGUUAUAAGCGCCCAGCCAGCAAAUGAGGCAAGAGGCCCAGAUGAAAACAGACCGAAGAAGAAGGCGUCCGCGGGAAGAAGUAAGGGCCUUGGAAGCAGAGAGGGAAGCGAUUAUAACAGAGAGACGGCAAAAAUGGACAAGAAGGGAAGAGGCUGACUUCUAUCGUGUAGUGUCCACUUUUGGAGUCGUUUUUGACCCUGUGAAACAAAAUUUUGAGUGGAACCAGUUUAGAGCUUUUGCCCGUCUGGAUAAAAAAUCUGAUGAGAGUCUGGAGAAGUAUUUCAACUGCUUUGUGGCUAUGUGCCGAAGAGUUUGCAGAAUGUCCAGCAAGCCUGAAGAUGAUCUUUGUGAUCUUGCUACAGUAAUUGAGCCCAUAACAGAGGAACGUGCUUCUAGAACUCUUUAUCGCAUUGAACUUUUGCGAAAAAUUCGGGAACAAGUUCUUCAUAACCCCCAACUGAAUGAGAGACUUAAACUCUGCCAGCCAAGCCUUGACCUUCCAGAAUGGUGGGAAUGUGGAAAACACGACAGAGACUUGUUGGUUGGUGCAGCAAAACAUGGCGUUAGUAGGACAGAUUAUCAUAUUCUUAAUGAUCCUGACUUGUCUUUUUUGGAAGCUCAUAGGAAUUUUGCUCAAAACCGAGGUAGCACACAUCCAAAUAUGCCCAUCCUUCUACCACCUGGGUCUAGUUAUAGUGUGACACCCCCCCUAUAAUGCCCUCUUCUCCUGUGCGGGAUGAGAAAACUGGAGAACAGGAGGAAGUGAAAUCUGAGAAAGUUGAAGAGGUGGACAUUAAGGAAGAAGCAGAGAUUAAAAAAGAACCUGUAGAGCCUGAGGAGAAACCUGUAAAACAGGAGAUUGAAUCUGAAACUGUUCCUGUUAAGGAGGAAAUUAAAAACUCAGAGGUUACUCCGGAUGCUGAUCCAAAAUCCAUUUCUGAGAAGGGAUCGGAAGAAGAUGAAGAAAAGUUAGAUGAGGAUGAUGAUAAAUCUGAAGAGUCUUCCCAGGCAGAAGCCGGGAUAGCUUCUCAGGACAAAAACUUUGACGAGGAAAGCAAUGCCUCGUUGAGUACUGCACGUGAUGAAACACGAGAUGGCUUUUUCCUGGAAGACUGUGAGCCGUCCGGGCUUCAUAUGCUGCGAGAGAGGACCUUCUCAUUCUCCUUCUGGCCUAAGGAUCGUGUGAUGAUCAACCGAUUAGACCACAUCUGUGAGACUGUGCUGAAAGGAAAGUGGCCAGUAAACAGACGCCAGAUGUUUGAGUUCCCCGGGCUCAUCCCUGGAUACACACCAACUGCCAUGGACAGCCCGAUGCAGAAGAGAAGCUUUGCUGAGCUCUCCAUGGUGGCCCAGGGCAACUUCAGUGGAAGUGAAGAGAUCACUGCUUCCCCACAACUGUCUCAGGAAAGCGCUAUGAGUUUGUCAGUACCUCGUCAGCGAAGGCGGCGGAGGAGGAAGAUUGAGGUUGAAGCAGAACGAGCUGCAAAGAGGAGGAAUCUAAUGGAAAUGGUGGCUCAGUUGCGUGGAUCGCAGAUGGGAGCAGAAAAUGGACAAGAGAAAGUUGUGGAUUUAUCAAAUGCCUCCAGGGAGGCUACAAGUUCUACCUCAAAUUUUUCAUCUCUUACUCCUAAGUUUAUCUUGCCUAAUUCCUCCACCCCUGUCUCUGAUGCCUUUAAAACACAAAUGGAGCGACUGCAGGCAGGUCUUUCUUGCACGCCGACUAGGCAUCUCCUCAACGGUUCUCUAAUAGAUGGAGAGCCUCCAAUGAAGAGGAGAAGAGGAAGAAGGAAAAACGUAGAAGGUCUUGAUCUAUUGUUCAUGAGCAACAGACGGACUUCCUUAUCUACGGAAGAUACCGAUAUGACCAAAGCAUAUGAGGAUGAUAUUGAAACACCACCAGCAAGAAACAUUCCAUCUCCCGGGCAGCUGGAACCAGAGACCCGGAUCCCUGUCAUUAACCUAGAAGAUGGGACCAGACUAGUUGGGGAGGAUGCUCCCAAAAAUAAGGACUUGGUUGAAUGGUUGAAACUGCAUCCUACUUACACUGUCGAUAUGCCAAGUUAUGUACCAAAGAGCGCGGAUAUGUUGUUCUCCCCAUUUCAAAAACCUAAACAGAAGCGUCACAGAUGCCGGAAUCCUAACAAGCUGGAUAUUAACACAUUAACGGGAGAUGAAAGAGUGCCUGUAGUAAAUAAGCGCAAUGGCAAAAAGAUGGGUGGUGCAAUGGCUCCUCCAAUGCGGGAUCUUCCUCGCUGGUUAGAAGAAAACCCUGAAUUUGCUGUUGCUCCAGAUUGGACGGACAUAGUUAAGCAGUCUGGUUUUGUACCGGAGUCAAUGUUUGAUCGUCUUCUCACUGGACCUGUUGUAAGAGAGGAGGGAGCCAGCCGAAGAGGGAGAAGGCCAAAAAGUGAAAUUGCCAAAGCAGCUGCAGCAGCUGCUGCCGCUGCUGCAGCCUCGACAUCUGGAAUCAAUCCACUGUUGAUGAAUAGCCUCUUUGCUGGAAUGGAUCUUGCUAGUCUUCAGAAUCUUCAGAACCUGCAGUCUCUCCAGCUUGCUGGUCUUAUGGGGUUCCCUCCAGGCCUUGCAACAGCUGCUGCUGCUGGAGGGGAUGCUAAAAAUCCUGCUGCCAUGCUGCCUCUGAUGCUGCCAGGUAUGGCAGGUCUGCCCAACAUGUUUGGUCUUGGUGGGCUCUUAAAUAACCCCUUAACAGCUGGCGGCGGUGGUAAUACUACUACAACUUCAAGUCAAGGAGAAUCUGAAGAUGGCACUUCAAAGUCUGAUGAGAAAAAGACAGAAACUGACGAGGAUGGCAAAGACUCUGAGAAAACUACAGACACUGCUUCUGCUACUGACUCUGUUGCUGCUGCUGCUACUACUGCAGCUGGAUUGGCUGCAAAUCCUCUGGCCUUCAGCCCCUUCCUACUAUCCACCAUGGCUCCAGGCCUUUUCUACCCCUCCAUGUUUCUACCUCCAGGGCUAGGAGGACUGACACUGCCUGGUUUUCCAUCACUAGCUGGACUUCAGAGUACUGUAAGCUCUAGUGAGGAAAAGGCCACUGACAAAGGGGAAACCGAGAACCAGGAAGCCAGCGAUGCAGACGAGACCCUGGACAAAACCGCAGACUCAUCCGUUUUGGAAGAUGACAUAGCACAUGAAGAAGAAUUAGACUCACCCGAAGCCGGGGAGGAGAACGACAAGGACAAAUAA